AUGGCUACGCUGCUCGCUGCACUCGCCGGUCUAUGGACCAUGGGCUCCAUAUUGGCCAUCGCGCUCCGGGGUACUACGGAGCAGUCCUGGACGUCUAUGGACGUUACACAACCGAUGUUUUGUCGAUGGGUGGUGAUAGAAGUCAGUGGGCUGACUGUUGAGCUAUCCAUCUGGAUACUCGCGGGCUAUCGCAUUUACGCACUACGAAUGCCGCUGAGAAAACGUGUCUGUGCUACUAGCGCGUUUGGCGUUCGUCUCCUGUAUGUCUUCGUCGGCAUCGUCUGA